CUGGACAGUAGUGUAUGGUACAGUAGUGUACCAUACCUAGAGGUAGGUAUGUAGUUUGAUCUCAAUGACAGAGACCACCUUAACGUAUGUACGAUCCCAGAAAGUCUACCGUUUCAAAUCUUCUAGAUACUCCAAUGUAUUGUCUUGGUUUCCUCUUUGGCUUUCUUUGGCAUUUAUUCUGUGCUAUGAGCAGACCCGAUACUUCCGACUCAUAUGCGAACCUUCGAUUCAUCCAUCAUACGCUUCCCAUGUGUUCAAUCCGAGGCGUUCGAGGUUUCAGGCGGCCUUCGAAGCCUUGGGGUGAAUACGGUAACAAUGGACUGUACGUGGAAUGACUAUAUACCUCUACAGGACCCUAAGUAUGCCUUCGGUACUAGGCACUGCAGUUCAGCUCACCUACCAAUUCACGAUGCCAAAGUUGGAGGUACGGUACACGGAGUCAGGCAUGCCGUGGGUCAUCCUGGGAGCUCAGCCGAUAAGGACGCUCGACGCGAGCAACAAUCGCGAGCGGUCGAGCGAACGAGACACGGCGGGUCGACGCCGGAGAGCCACGCAGGACGAAGCAUUUAGCAUGAAUCAAUGCGUUGAUGAGUGGCCUGAACCCAGCGCAUUUCGAGAAAUCCUGACUGCAGUCAGUGAUCUCACUAUGCUAUGGUUGAGAGCCGCGGCAUGUGAGAUUAGGCAUAACGACGACGCAGACGUGGCUCUCGAUCGUGCUUUGAGGUUUUCUUCCUUCCUCGACGUUGAAGGCUUCAAACCGAUGAUCACCACUACAGCUCGUACCGGCCGAGGUUUUGGUGUUCGACAUUGGCGAAAGUAAUUUCACACGAGGCUGAAGGUAAAUUAUUCCCAAGUCCACUAUGACUACGGUCGCUGAUGUCGAUCUCAUGCAUGGAUCGGGCCCGAUGAGAGCCUGGGGCGGAACAGAUAGACCUGGGGCGGAACAGAUAGACCCAGCACGUUUCAUGUCGUACAACUUCGAUUAAACACUGCAACCGAGCAAGGUCGAACCUUGAUAUCCGAGAACUUGGGUCAACAGACUAUAUCAUAUACGCUAGCAAAAGAAAAUGUUAUUCACAGGCAGCACAGUGAAAUUGUGUGGUG